AUAACAGUGAGAGCAAUGGUGGUGAGUUUGUUUUUGGCAGUGCUGUUCACAUUCAUUGUCAUGAAACUGAAUUUAACGACGGGGAUUAUUCCGUCGUUAAACAUAUCGGCGGGGUUGUUAGGGUUCUUCUUUGUGAAGACGUGGACGAGUGUGCUUGCCAAAAUGGGAAGGCUCACUCACCCAUUCACUCGUCAAGAGAACACUGUUAUUCAGACAUGUGUUGUCGCAUCUGCUGGCAUUGCUUUUAGUGGUGGUUUUGGUAGCUAUAUCUUUGCAAUGAGUUCAGAAGUAGCAAACCAAUCUACUGAAGCUAACGGUCCACAGGAUAUUAAGAACCCAAGUUUAGGAUGGAUGAUAGGAUUUAUUUCCAUUGUUAGCUUUCUGGGACUCUUUUCAGUGGUUCCGCUUAGGAAGAUUAUGAUUGUAGACUUCAAGUUGACAUAUCCUAGUGGUACUGCAACAGCUCAUCUUAUCAACAGUUUCCAUACUACAGAGGGUGCCAAACUAGCAAAGAAACAAGUACGUGUGCUGGGAAAGUUCUUUUCCUUUAGCUUCUUGUGGGGUUUCUUUCAAUGGUUUUACACUGCUAGUGAUGACUGUGGCUUUAAUAGCUUCCCUACAUUUGGUCUUGAAGCCUAUCAAAACAAGUUCUUCUUUGACUUUUCGACUACAUAUGUGGGUGUGGGGAUGAUAUGUCCAUAUAUAAUCAAUAUAUCCCUUUUGAUUGGUGGAAUUCUAUCUUGGGCCAUCAUGUGGCCUCUCAUUGAUGCAAGAAAAGGUGAUUGGUACUCUGCAGACCUCAAGCAAAGCAGCUUGCAUGGCCUUCAAGGUUACAAAGUUUUCAUAGCCAUAGCAAUGAUUCUCGGUGACGGUCUAUACAAUUUUGUUAAGGUUCUUGGUCGCACUUUUAUUGGUUUGUAUAACGAAUUCUUCAGAAAAAAAGCAGUGACAUCAUCCAGUGAUCCUGACUCACCAUCAUCACUCUCAUACGAUGAUAGGUGUAGGACUGACAUGUUCCUCAGGGACCAAAUUCCUGCUUGGUUCGCCAUUAUUGGCUACGUUAUCAUUGCAGUGAUCUCUGUCAUCAUUGUUCCCAUGAUUUUCCAUCAACUCAAGUGGUACUACAUUGUUGUGAUCUACGUGAUUGCACCAGCACUGGCAUUUUGUAAUUCAUAUGGGUGUGGACUAACAGACUGGUCCCUUGCAUCCACGUAUGGAAAAUUAGCAAUCUUCACUAUUGGUGCAUGGGCAGGUCCUUCUCAUGGUGGUGUUAUAGCAGGUUUGGCUGCAUGUGGGGUGAUGAUGAAUAUUGUAUCCACAGCCUCUGAUCUGAUGCAGGACUUCAAAACAGGUUACAUGACAAUGGCUUCACCAAGGUCUAUGUUUGUGAGCCAAGUUUUUGGAACUGCCAUGGGUUGUGUUAUAUCUCCUUGUGUUUUCUGGCUUUUUUACAAGGCCUUUGGAAACCUUGGGGUUGCUGGUUCAGCAUAUCCUGCUCCUUAUGCUCUUGUUUAUCGUAACAUGGCAAUACUGGGAGUAGAUGGCCUCUCAGCUCUGCCAAAAUACUGUCUCAUCUUUUGUUAUGCAUUCUUUGGAAUUGCAAUAGUUAUAAAUCUUUUACGGGAUUUGGUUGGAAAAAAAUGGGCCAAUUUUAUCCCUGUUCCUAUGGCUAUGGCAAUACCCUUUUACAUUGGAAGUUAUUUUGCCAUUGAUAUGUGUGUUGGCAGUUUGAUCUUGUUUAUUUGGCAGAAGGUUGACAAGCUCAGUGCUGAUACGUUUGGAUCAGCUGUGGCUUCUGGUUUGAUUUGUGGAGAUGGAAUUUGGACGCUUCCUAGCUCCUUUUUAGCUUUGGCAGGAGUCAAGCCACCUAUCUGCAUGAAAUUUUUGUCCAGAGCAGAAAAUGCAAAGGUCGAUGGAUUUUUAGAAUCUUGAUAUUACUGCAUUCAUUUU